UUUAUAAAAAUAAAUUGAAGUAGAUAUUACGCCAAGUGUUUCCCAACACUGAAAUUAUUUAAAUUGCUGCUACUAUAGCAACUAAGUAAUAACAAAAAAAAUAACAAAAGCAACACUUUGGAAAAGAUUUGAAACUCAAAAAUGCAGAUCUGGCAUUCGGUAAUUUCGUACCGAUUGUUUAUAUAGCUGUGAUCGAUGUUCUUUCAGCACUUGAGUGCACAAGCGUAUGAACAUACACUCAUAUGCCCGUUUAAUAAAAAAAUAUAUGUAUAUAAGUAAAUUAACAUAUAGAGACUGUGUUAUAGUGUCUGUAAGAGCACGCGCUCUAUUAUUUCAGAAUCAAAGAGCUUCAACUCAUACGCAAGUUAAUCGUUUGUGUUCUUUUGCGGAUCACAGUGAAAAUUAUAUUAAAUAUAUAGAACCUUUUAAAUGUUUAAUAAUCUGGAUGUGGUUAAAGUUUUGAAAUGUUUAAAUAUAAUCUUACGAUAUGUUGUUACCUAAGUAAAUGUGCUUUUUUAGAAAUACAUUGAUAAAAAUUAGUAGGAGAAAUUUGCAUUUUUAAUAACAGAAAAUUAUAGCUGAUAGAAACGAAUACAAUAUUGUUGAUUGUUACUUUGUAGGUAUUCUGCUUACAGAGUGUGUAUAUUAUGUUCUAUGGCUAAAAAUAUCCGCAUGGAUUGAUUGAAAUGUGGCACGCAAGUAAUCCGCAAAUUCAAUAGGCACAAACAAAUAAUAUACUGUCCUCAACGAGAAAAGCACAGUCUAAUCGAAUUUAUUAUACAAGAGUGGAAAGUCGACUACUGCAUACUUCUUAAAAAUAGUACAUGAACAUGCUUUAAGCAAAAUAAGCUUUGAAAGAAAAAAGAAUAUUCUGAGAUAAAAGGUAUUCGAUUUGAGACUUCGAUACAACUACUACGAUGACUUCUUUUGGAGUACAGCAGCCUUCAUCUACAAACGACCCUCAGAACUCUGUUACAUUGGACAGUUCAAAACGUCCCCAAAUAAAUGGUGGACGUUUCGAUUUUGAGGAUGGAGGAACAUUUUGUGGCGGGUGGGAGGACGGUAAGGCUCAUGGGCAUGGUGUUUGUACCGGGCCAAAGCAUCAAGGAGCAUAUGCCGGUGCAUGGAAUUAUGGUUUUGAGGUAUCUGGUGCAUAUAUUUGGCCAAGCGGUUCACAUUAUGAAGGCCAAUGGCAAAAUGGACGACGGCAUGGUUUGGGUGUAGAACAAAUUGGUCGUCAAAUAUAUCGAGGGGAAUGGUCAAAAGAUGGACAUAAGGGAAGAUAUGGUAUCCGAGAAAGUACUGUUUCUACCGCUAGAUACGAAGGAACGUGGAACAUGGGUUAUCAAGAUGGCUACGGUUGUGAGACUUAUGCUGACGGAGGAAAAUAUCAGGGGCAAUGGCAAGAGGGAAAACGUCACGGAUAUGGUAUUCGGACUUCAGCUCCCUUCGGAUUAGCAUCACAUUAUCGACGGAAAGAUAUUCACGCGUCCUUAAACUCGUUACGAAGUUCAGACAUUGGAGAAGUCGACAAGGUUCGGUCAGAAGAAAUAAGAGGGGGUUUCGUGCUAACUGCAAGAUCGGAUAAACUACCUGCUCGACGCAAUAGUUUGACGGAGAAGUCAAAAAAAGGAUUUUUAUCUGGGUUUAAAAUGCGGAAACAAAAAAGUACAGGAGAUUUGGAGAAGCGUGGCACCUUAACAUCCAGCAGCGUAAGGUCAACGGCGUCAACCUCAUCAUGGGCAAGCACCGGAUCAGAACAAUCCAACCUAACUACAAGGUCGGCUCACACAGAUUCCAACGCUAGCUUUACAAUGGAAGAUGAACAACUAGAUUCUGCAGUGACUGAAAUAUAUAUGGGGGAAUGGAAGAAAGACAAGCGCUGUGGACAUGGUGUUGCUGAACGUAGUGAUGGGCUUAAAUACGAAGGAGAGUGGUAUAAUAACAAGAAACAUGGCUACGGUGUAACUACAUUCCGAGACGGUUCAUUUGAAGAAGGGAAAUAUAAGAAUAAUAUUUUAAUGACAAGCCAAAAGAAGAAGCAUUUGUUUCUUGCGCGAUCACGUAAAUUUCGAGAUCGCAUCAACGUAGCUGUAAAUUCGGCACAAAGGUCGUUAAAAAUGGCAAUGCAAAGGUCUGAUAUUGCCAUUUCACGUACUUCAACUGCAUCUGACAGAGCGCAAAAUGCCGACAUUGCAGCUGAUAAAGCCCGCAUUGAUUGUGAAAUCGCUGUUAGUAUGGCGCGUGAAUUUGCUCCUGAUUUUAAGCCAUCAGUUUUAGAGAGGUUUCAAAAACUUUUUUCUCGAAAUCACUUUAAAUUAGGUCAUUUGAGGGGAAACUGCUCUUCAUUACCUUAUAAUGAAAAUAGUAGAUCAUCAAAUAAAAGAGGAUUCUUACUAAAAGAAUUGAAUGAACCGGAUCUCAAUGUGUCUCUUCGACAGCAAUCGGAUAUUUUGUCUAAUUCUCUACCCCCACAAAAGCUACAUGUAACGCCACAAACAGAUUUUGCCCAUUUAGUUAAUCAACCAAGUCAAUUCGGUAACAGUUCUUUUGCUCAUAUUAAUCCUUCACAAAUCAAUGAUGAACAAUCGAAGCAGUAUCAAGAAAAUAUUCAACCUGAUUUUAUUAGAAACAUUGAGAUGCAAGUUCACAAUUUGAAUGAAGAAAAUAGCACUUCACCACACAUCCACAGAAUGGGAAAAAAUUACAUCGCAGUUGGACAAAAUCAAACCAAUACUUCUGUCAACAGUUAUAUUUCGAACGCUAAUUCCGACCAAUUGGAUGGCUAUAUGUACAAUAACUCUGAGCGCAGAACUAACUUAUUGUCAAAUAACUCAACAACAAAUUAUAGUGAACAACUAAAAUCUCAUCAGCAAAAUUCUACACAAACAUUCACGCAGCCAUUGUCUAAUCAACUUUCCCAAUUUUAUCGAACGUCACCACAAAAAAAAGAAAUAUUAGGAGAAACAAGAAAAACAACAAGGCCACCUCCACUCUGUGAAACUGGUCAACAGUUAUCUAUUGAUUACUUUGACCACUAUAAGAAGCCUCCUAGUCGAGACUCAUCCACCGAUCGAUAUGCUCGGGCAGCUAGCCACAUUAGCUCACGCCAACCUUCGAUUGAUCAAUCAAUACCUUCACAAUCACGAAAUAUGCCAUCGCCUAAUAAGGAAAUUAGACAACGAGAGGGCUCACAUAAUCCAGAUAAUGUAUCGAAAUCUGUUAAUAAUAAAAUAAUGACUAAUAUGUCAAAUCAAAUGCUAAAUGCGGUAGAAAAAAGACCGUCAAUAAAUCAACCUUUCGAAGAUGUUCUUUUGUAUCAGCGAACAUUAGGUCAAGAUAUUAUUCCUUCCGCAGUUACUCCUAAACGAACCGAAAGCUUGUAUACUCCUGCCAAAGUUUUUAUUCCAAAAGGGACCACGGUUAACUCUAACAACUAUACAGGAAACAAACCAGUAAAGAGAUCAAGAGAUGCCCAGCUCUCCUGUCACUAGAAAUGUGAGAGCUGCUCACCUACCGAACUUUGACGGUUGACUGGAUUGGGUAGGUUUUGACAUUUCGCAAUUGGUAGAAAAGAGACGACCGGAUUGAAAUCUCGCCAAAAUAAUAUUAGAAUGGAGGAAUUCGUAGCGGACAUCGUUUCUUCGAAGAAAAAAGAAUCAGCAAAAAGUGUUAAGUGAAAAGUGAAGUAGUGAAGUUUGUGAAAUUUUUUAAUAUAUCACUGAAAAUAAAAGGAUAAAUCAGCAAAUAUAAA